AUGGCUUGCAUUACCUUCGAAGAGACACUGCAUUGUCCAGUGGCCGCACACAGAAUGUUCCACGCAAUGUUCCUAGAUGCUCAUAAUUUGAUGCCAAAGAUCAUGCCUCAUGCUGUCAAGAGCGUCGACUUUGUCUCUGGUGAUGGAGGCUCUGGAAGCAUUCAACAAGUUAACUUCUGCGAAGGAGGUCCUGUGAAAUAUGUGAAGAACAGACUAGACUCCAAAGACAAAGACAACUUCGAGUGCAACUACACAGUGAUUGAAUCCGACACAUUUGGAGACGCGGUUGAUCAUAUCAGUAACGAGAUCAAGUUUGAAGUUGAUCUUGUUGGUGGUUGUAUAUGUAAAUCGAAAAGCUCUUAUUACCCUAAGGCUGGUGCAGUGUUGAAUGAAGACGAGCUCAAGGUAAGAAGAGAAAGUUCAAAAUAG